AUGAGUAUUGCCGUGGUCCUUCCGACGGUUUUCACGGCGGAAGCAGCGGAUGCGGAAGCCACUGUGGUCGGGCAGCUCAACGCGUUGUUCCGCCACUCGGGACUGCAUUUCUCAACGGCAUCGACACAGCUGCACAUAAUGCCGGAGACAGUACACAUACUCUCAUACGAUGACGUGGCUAUGAUAUCACGAUACGCCCGUGUGCUUGUCACGAACAAAGAUGUGCAGUGCGACUUCAACGCCCUGUGCGGUGUGCUGUGGGGUCAUACCAAGGAUGGGGAAGAUGCGCUUGACCGCUAUAUGCAGCAGACCUCCGAUGUGGACGACCGCCAGCGUGAGGUAGCGGUGCGUCGACUUGUACCGCACUUGCUCUUGCAGGCGCAGGUGUUUCACACGCUGCGGUGUAUUGAGGAGCCGUUUGCGAGGCAGGAGGUGCGGGACGCCGUGAAUGUGGUGCAGAAGGAUGUGGAGACGGUGCUGCGUCUGGCGAUGAAGGUGUUGCGUGUGCUGGAUGGCAUCAUCAAAUGCAUUCGUCGCGGUGAUGCCAAUUUCCUUUGGGCCGCAGAGUUGUGCCUUGGUUCUGCGGAAAUGUUUGUUGCCGCCGUGUCGGCACGGCAUGUCAUUGAUGUAGACCCUGUGGUUAAAUUCUUCAACUCUGAUAUGGCGUGGCGUCUCAGCGGUAUCGGUAUUGUUUCGACGGAAUGUUACUGCCAAGCGCUUUACCACCUCAUAUGUACAAUCUUUGUUCGUCAAGAGAGCUUCGCUGGUGUUAGCCAGGUGGCGGUACAACUGCUCCUGCAUCGGUUAGCCGAUCGACCGCCCUUCGAUUGGGAAACGUUCAAGCUGGUCUCAAGUCUUCCGAAGGUUCGAAUGUCGGUGGGCCCGUUGACCCCGCAAUGUGGCGUGCUAAACUAUAUGAGUCUCGUCCAGCGGUGCGUGGAGUCUCUGCUUCUGUGUGAUGCACCAUGGGUGAAGACGCUCAAGCGGGGGUGCAGUCAUGCUCUCCGCGAAAUGAACGAGCAAAAGAAAACGCUGUCCUUCUUUCAGGUGCCCAUCCUGGGCGCGUUGCAGGGAAUGCCCGAGGUGGACCUCUCCGACGACGGGCAACUGCGGCGCCGUGCCGCAGCGACGCACCUGAGCAACAAUGAAAACAUCCUGAACCCGAACUUUCUACGGAUUCUGCUCUCGCACGGCUACACCAUUCCACACGAUAAUCACAGUCCACUAAGCCGCGCCUCUCUGAUGGCGCUUUUCCGCGCCAUUACGGACGAGCUCCUGCAAAUACCUCUUAUCCGCUCUGGGGAGACGACGAAGUUGACGGACGCUCUUUUACGGCCGCCCAUAUUGACGGCGAGGCUUCUCCAGCUGGUUGUCGAUGAAGCCUCGCAGGAUGCCCAGACGGCCUCUGACGUGAUGAAAGAUUUGCAUCACAUAACGGAAGUUGUGUUUGAUGCCAAUGCUGCGCAGUACGCUAAACAUCUCUCGGCGCGAACAAUAUCAAGGCAAUUGCGCCGCGUCUCGACGUCAACGGUAGAGCUGCUUUUUACGUUCCUCGCCUCCGACGCUUUCCUAGCUAACGUUGAUCGUCGUGUGGCACUAGAGUCCCUUGCGAAGGUAUUCGCGGUGUGGGCCUUUUAUAUAUCCGUCGAGAAAAACGUAACAGAAAAGGAGAGGAAGAAGAUGCUACAGCUCAUCGCGAGAAUGGGCAUGAGACUGAUGGCAUUGACGCAAAUGAUGACGGCACCUGAGAUCAAUGAGUUCUUCAAAACCGUUGUCCUUCCAUGCAGUUCUUCAGAAGAGAUGAAGCGCAAGAACCGCCUGCAGUACGCACUGCUUGAGGCGUACACGAAGGCCUACGCCUGUUCUGCCGUCGCGUUGGCGAUGGAAGAAGACGUGAUGCUGCGGCAUUGGGUCGACACCGCACUGCGAUGUAUCCACAACGACCUCAGCGGCGCCCUUUCCGUCGCCGGUAUGGACUUUUUAGCGGCGGCGUUCCUCUCGAGGCGGUCGAUUGCGCCACUCUUCGUGCCGACGUACGUGACACUGCUGGUGCCGAUCGCCAGCCCGUCGCGCUACGGUGAGCCGCCUCUCUUUCUGGUGCGCCGCUUCGCCAAGAGCGUACGGGCAGUGUGCCAGGCACUGGAGGAGUGUGACGAGGACGCUUUGUUGGCAAAGCUGCAGAGCCCUAACUCGUCCGUGAAGAAGUUCCUGGUGGAGAUGUGCGGUGAGGGAAGGGCGGCUCCGCAGCUCGACAACGUCCGGCCGGUCAGCAGCGUCCUCCUCAUUGUAUCAGCGCUCUUUGAGAAGGUGUGCCGCCUUCUCGGCUAUGCGGCGGCCACUACUUCCACGAAGGAACGGCUUGCUCGUUUCCAGGCGUACUUUUCGGCGCUCAUCAACUUGCUGCGUUGCCGCACCAGCACUGUGCUGCAUCGUGUGUGCGCCUCGGUGGAGGCGAUCAUAUUGGAGCACUUGCAUGGCGUGCCGAGCGCGCAGGCGCUGUGGAUGAAGUACAUUUCGACCACCGUCGAUUCGCUGGAUGGGAGCAGCAAGAAGGGGGUGGCGGAGUGGUUCCUUAAGCUGAGCGAAAAGGCGAACAAGACGGCUCCACAGGCCCGGCUCUAG